CCGACCGAUAGGCGGCGAGAAAAAAAAAUUAUUUUUCUAGCUUUUAGCCUUUUCCGGCUUGUUUUCUCUCGUUUUGCACCAAAUCCACAGUUUCUGUCAACGUAUACAGGAACUAAGAGAUGUCUUACCGACAACCACAUGAAGCCAAUCCGUAUGGUGGUUAUGGUCCCCCACCGCCAGCUUAUGCUCCACCUAGUGGCUAUGGACAACAACCCCCGUACGCACCAAACCAACCAUACGGGUCAGCACAAACUGGCGGACCAAAUCAGUAUGGACAUGAUGCGAUGAGAUAUGACCAAAAUCGGCAACAUAGCAUGUCAAAUGCCCCAACAUCGCAACCAUACGCCCCUUCGCAUACUCCCAACGUCCCACCAUCCUCGUAUGGUCAAGCGGGCGCGUAUGGACCAGCUGCCCCACUGCCUCAGAAGACCACAAUGCCCGCCCCUGGAGCACAGCCCAUGCCCAGCAAGCCAGGUGUACCCAAUCAGAAAUCAAAGGGUUUAUUUGGCUCGCUACGGAAGGAAUGGGAUUCAGCCGUGAACACAUUUGACAAGUACACACACAGUGGAGUAGCAGUGGCAGAAUUCUUCAACGUCGGCAACAUAGUCCAGCUGGUAUCAAGAAACAGCGGUCGGGCAGUCCAGAUUGUUCAGGCGCCGAUGGGAAUGCUAACAGUAGAUGCUAACGGUUUAGAAGGGCCGAAUACAUUCAACGCUCUGUGGACGGUUGCCCAGUCUUACAACUACACAGUUCAGAUACACAACAACUUCAACUACCUAACAAUCGAAAAUGGCGCCGUUGUCCUGAAACACUAUCCACAUCCGAAUGUAGCAGGACCAGAAACAAAAUUGCGAACGGUAUCUGUCGACGGCCAGUUUGUUUACUUAGAAUGUGACUACGAUGAAAAAUUCCACAUUGGCUUCGAGAAAAGUGGCGUUUUAAAAUCAGCGCUGGCGACGGGCAGGGACGUUUCAGCACAGUUUGCGGUGCGCCUCAUUUCGGGAACACCAAAACGACACUGAAAGUGGGAUUACGCAAAGGAGAUUAUUUGGAUGACACCAAGAAAGAUAAUGGAGUAACAACUUCUCUAUCCAUGAACGAACAAUGACGACAUGUUUAUACAGUUUUAAAGGAAUGAUAUUUUCUUUGUAUCUGCAAUGGAGUAGACUUGCAUAUAGGUGAUGUUUCGAUGUCUAUUCCGACACCCAUUGGACAUAAUCAACAGAACUAAUCUAAUCAAAAAAGAUUAAAACAUUCAAACUGUUCAGAGAGCUUCAACUGGAGCAGUUUGUAGCUCCAUAAAUAGUAAACCCUAUUGGGCGCUUUGUAAUCCAUAAAUGUAAUGUAGGAGGAAACCUCCAUUGUCACAUCAGAUGUGGGCCAACAGGACUAAAACCCACAACUUCAGGGGUGACAAGUGCUGAUGUUAAUUUCUAAAAUCAGUCGAACUGCCUCGCUAUUCUGAUCGAUAGCCAAUUGAGAAAUGUUAACAGAUCAUUCAAGACUGCUGCAUAACGGAACAUGGGUCACCUUCGAAUUUGCAAAACCUCACUGAGUAAUAAUGAAGUUGUGAGGAGACUUUUACAUUUCAAGAAUUUUUCAGAAUUUUUGAACAUUUUACUCAUUAAAUUUUGCCUUUAGCACAUGUUUUCUCUACACAGUCUUUUUCCUUCGCAGUAGAAAUUAACCUUUUUUGCCUCAAAUUUUGUAUUUGUUAUUUUUAAAAUAUUCAAAGGGAAGCGAGAAAGGAAAAGUUGAAAAUGUUGUAUUAUAAAAGCUUGUUAACUUUCCUCUUUUGCUCUUAAUAACUUAUUAAAGCACUUGGAAAUUUCAUACAGUAAAUGUAUCAAACUCGACUGGACGAGCAUUUUCUGUCCGUUAUAUACGAAAUUCAUGAUGUUUACAUGUAUAUGCAUCAGAAAUAGACUUGGAACUGUGAAUUGAAAUACUGAUAUGUUGAUUUCAAGUAUCCGGUUCACACAAGUCCGUAAUAAGCAAGGUUUACUGUAUUCCAAUAGACAAUUUUGACACGUUUAAUCGCAUUUCUGAUAUUGAUAUCACAUGAUCAUGACUAAACUUUUGAGUAUGCGUUGGGCCAAAAAACUUGAGAGGUCUCCUCACUGCAGAGUGCACAUAUUUUAGAAAGGAACAUAUGGCCCUCUGCUCUGAUUGAACACAUACAGUAGAACCUCUCUGUUAAGGACAUCCUCGGGAAUGACAAGUACUGUCCUUAAUAGAGAGGUGUCCUGAUUGGAUCGGUCAAAUUGAAUGGAAACACCCCAUUGGGGAUCAAAGCUAGUGUCCUCGAUAGAGAAGUUGUCCUUAUUAGAGAGGUGUCUGCUAAGGGAGGUUCCAUUAUAUAUACACUAAGUCUUGUACAACAACUAUCUAGAUUUUCUUCCUUUCAAUUACAGUUCGGGCCACAACAAAUUGAGGGCAGUUGUCUUUGAAGUGUCUGCAUUUAUUUUGCUUCAAGCUUUAGUUGCCAAUGUCUGUAAACACCCACAUGAUUGUGCUAUUAUUGUAACCUGCCAAAAUUACUGUCUUUGAAUGAUUAUGCAAAGCUGUUUAUUGUUUCGAUCUUUGUAAGUUGUGACAAGAUAAUAAAUAAACUAUUGUACAAAUGUA